UUGGUUUGAAAGUUGGUUGAACGUAGAUGCUCUAUCUUGAUCAGUCUGAGCCUAAAGCGUACUUACAUUUAAUAAUAACUUGCUUGUAUGCAAGUUUUGGAAUAACCGCAAAACAGUGUCUGCAAGUCUUGUUCAGCAGUAAUAAAUUUGGCACCUGAUUUUUUCAUUCUAAUUCAGUGAUGCGAAGUUCUUCACUAAAAUGAAUAUAACAGAUCAAGACCGUGGAUUGGUUUACCGUUAUGGUGAACAUUCUGAUUAUAAUACUACGGGCAGGUUUAAUUUUACUUCCACGUCGCCUGAGGAUAAUAAUAUAGAAUACUCGAGGAAAGGAGGAUGUUUUUUAUCAAUUUGUCGUGGAAUCAGCAUCGCAGUUGUGAUUUUUGUUUUCAUAUUUUUUAUGUCGUUCACCAUAUUUUUCAGUACUAAGUAUGCAUACGAGCACAAGCCUAAUAUCACGUUAGAAGAUUUUCUAAAUCACCGUGCCUAUCUAAUCGACAAACGAUCACGAAUUCCAAAGCAUGUUAUCCCGAAACAUUACAGGCUUUUUAUUCAACCAAUAUUCAAUGAAACGAGUGAACCUUUUUCAUAUAAUGGAAUUGUUUGGAUAACUGUGACAUCCAAAAGGCACAAUAAUAAAAGGAUAGAGCUGAAUGUGAAAAAUUUAAACAUUAAGUUAGAAGAUGUGACAGUUUUAAAAAGUAUAAGAUUAACAAACUUAGAUUUCGAUGAGGAUCUUGAUUGGGAUUUAAGCGAUGAGGAUAUUUUGCCACGCAUAAGAAACAAGCGCGAUGUCGUUAACAUAAAUAAAUCUUACAAAGUUGAUGAGCACUUGAAAUUCUCAACUUUUGCUUAUGAGGGCAACAGUGGCAUGAUAUCAACGGAUUUUUAUGCUGAUAAUGCCACAGAAAAAAACAAAUAUUUUCACCCGAUAUUUCCUUCGGAUGACUUUGUCACAAUAAAGAUACUGGAUUUGGAAUUCGACGAAUCAAACGAGAAAAUGAUUAUCUAUCUUGGGACCGAAAUGAAAAAGGAUAUAUACUACAUAGUGAAAGUAAAUUUUACUGGCAAAAUGACUAACGACAAAGGAUUGUAUUUUACUCAUUACAAAGAUGGAGAGGGAAGCCAUAAAUUCAUUGCAGCCACUAUACUGGAACCCAACAAUGCUAGAAAGCUAUACCCAUGUAUGGAUGAUCAUAAUUUCCGAUCGCCUUUUGAAAUUAAUAUCGCGAGGAAAGUUUAUAUGAAUACUGCAUCAAGCAUGAAUUUAGAAAUGUCAGAACCAAUGGAAAAUGAUGCAUUUGUAGUAGAUACAUACAAUACAACAGGGAUGGUUCGGGCAUCCGAAAUAGGUUUUAUUAUAACCGAUAUGUCACCUGAACGGUAUGAGCUUACCCCAAAAGUUUAUCUUAUUGCUUAUACUAGAAAUAGCUAUGACAGCUAUAUGAAAAAUAUAGUUUCAAAAUUUGCAGCUGUUAUUAAUGUAUACGAAAAUUAUAUGCGAAUGAGUUUUCCCUAUCAAAUGAUCAAAUAUGUUACGAUACCCAAUACUGAAAGCACGGUACGUGAAAUUAAGGAAGGAAUGAUUUUGUCAAGCGAAAAACGUUUGAUUAAUGAUUCUACAUACUUCCCAACGCCAGAAGGUACGUUACUACGAGUUGUUUCCAACGAAUUGGCAAGAUUAUGGAUUCACAACCUUGCGGAUUACAAAAAUAAAGAAGUAUAUUGGUUGCAUGAAUCGAUUCCCCUGUAUCUAGAAGCAAUAGCCUUGAAACACAUAAACAAUGUUUCCUACAGCGUGGACGAUUUUUUACUGGAAGGAAAACUGCGCGCUAUGCAGGAAGAAAUAAAUACAAGAACAACUCCUCUGAAUGUUAUUACAAAUUAUUGGGAAGAUGACGCACAUUUUGAGCUGGUCAGAUUCAAAGGGUUGAGUCUUUUGCGUAUGAUGAAUUAUACAUUGGGCGAAGACAUCUUUGACACGUUCAUAAGAGAGUAUUUUGUCCAAAGAAUGAACAACGAAUCUAUUGAUAUCAUAGAGAUUCUCAAUAACAACAAUCGUCAUACCGAUGGUACUUUCAACAGUUUUUUGCAUAGCUGGACAACUUUCGAAAAGUACCCAAUUAUAGAGAUUAAACGUAAUAAUAAUAGUGGUCAUUUUGAGCUACGCCAGAAAAUGAUCCCAUUCGAAGAGGAAAUAAGCGAGCAAGUAUGGACAAUUCCAGUAACGUUUAUCAACGAUACCAACCAGCAGUUGUUUUCCGAGAAAAUCCGGUGGUUAGUAGAUUCUAGCAAUUUACUUAUUAUCGAAACAACUUGUGAGUUGAAAACAAAUAACACAUGGGUAAUAGUGAAUCCAAGCGGAAUUGGGUAUUAUAGAGUUAACUAUGAUUUGGAUCAUUGGAUGCAGUUGGCCUUCGUUUUAAACGAUAAUUUUAAAUCACUUCCUUACGGCACACUAACUAUAAUUGUUGAUGACGCUCUCAAUUUAGCAAGGCUUGGUUUAUUAGACUACUCCGCAGCUUUUAACGUAAUCUCAUUUCUUCGAAAAAAUGACGAACUCUAUCAACCUUGGAAAAGUGCAUUGGAAAACCUUAAAUUUCUUUACGAUGCCUUGGAGGACCAUCCUAGCUAUAAGUAUCUCGAAGCGUUUUUAGAGUACUUAAUAGUUCAAACAUAUAAAAACACUUUAAAAUCUGAUGCACAAACCCGUAAUCCGAUGAUAACCUCUCUGUUGGUAGAGUGGGCAUGUCGACUGGGGGUUGCAGCGUGUAUAGAAGAUCAAAAAAGAAUAUUCACCGAAAUAUUCAUUAACGAAACAUUAUCACCAUUCGAGAUUCCAGAGAAUAAACUUUUUCUUGCAGCAUGCACUACUAUCAGGUAUAGCGGCAUUGACGAGUGGAAACUAAUUAAGGAAAAAUUUUUGACCUCUGAAGAUAUUAACCUUCAAAAAAUUCUUGUAAGAGCUCUUGGUUGUAGUCGAGAAAUAAGUUUGAUCAAAAAGAACUUGGACUUACUCAGAAAUCCUCAAUUCAAUAUGUAUAAUUACCACAUUCUUUCUUCCAUGAGCCAUAACAAGAUAGCUCUCAAAUAUACACUGGAUUAUUUGUUAAAUCAAUGGAUUGACAUUCGAACGUACCUUUCAUUGCAAGAUAUUUCCGUUCUGUUAAAGAAAAUUUCAACAGAAAAUGAGUUUACUAUGUAUGAGCAAAUAUUUUUCAAGUAUUCAUAUACCUUUCAAACGAUGGAUAAAGAAAUUUUGAAGCGUUUGCGAGACAUGAUAAUGAAAUUGCUUGUUUGGAAGAAAGAAAUUGGCCCAAAAGUAUAUUAUAAACAGUUAGCCAUUGUUUGAUAUACUGCAUUGGACACAUAAAUGCUUCAAGACGAUAGAAAAAGAAGUGAUCUAUGGAGUCCAAUUUAAAAUGCCAUAAUAUACAGUAUUUAAUUGUUACUCUUA